CUCGCCCUAAAGGCGGUGCUGGCUGUCCUGCUGCGCUGGUUCUCCGUGUCCCGCUAUGGCUCCCGAGCGGCCCCCGCCGGCCUUCGCCGAGGCCGGGCGACAGAGCGGGCUGCAGGUGUGGCGCGUCGAGAAGCUGGAGCUGGUGGCGGUGCCCCCCGGGCUCCACGGCAACUUCUUCGUGGGGGACGCGUACCUGGUGCUGCACACCGAGCGCCGCGGGUCCGGCGUCGCCUACCGCCUGCACUACUGGCUCGGGAAAGAAUGCACCCAGGAUGAAAGCACAGCUGCAGCUAUCUUUGCUGUUCAAAUGGAUGACUAUUUAGGAGGAAAGCCUGUGCAGAGUAGAGAAAUUCAAGGGUAUGAGUCUACUGAGUUUGUGGGUUACUUCAAGGGAGGAAUCAAAUACAAGGCAGGUGGUGUUGCUUCUGGAUUUAAUCAUGUUGUUACUAAUGAUCUGAGUGCCCAGAGGCUGCUGCAUAUCAAGGGCAGAAGAGUUGUAAGAGCCACAGAAGUCCCCCUGGCUUGGACCAGCUUCAACAAAGGAGAUUGUUUCAUUAUUGACCUUGGAACUGAAAUCUAUCAGUGGUGUGGCUCAUCAUGCAAUAAAUACGAGAGGCUGAAGGCUACUCAGGUUGCUGUUGGUAUUCGGGACAAUGAACGAAAUGGAAGGUCUAAAUUAAUUACUGUGGAAGAAGGGAGUGAACCAGACCGGCUCAUAGAGGUUUUAGGGAGCAAGCCAAAGCUUCCUGAGUGUGGUGAUGACGAUGAUGAGCUGGCUGAUAUUACAAACAGGAGAAGCGCUAAACUAUAUAUGGUGUCAGAUGCAAGUGGAUCCAUGAAGGUUUCUGUGAUAGCAGAGGAAAACCCCUUCUCUAUGGCUAUGCUUUUGUCUGAGGAGUGCUUCAUUUUAGACAACGGUGCUGCCAGGAAGAUCUUUGUGUGGAAAGGCAAAGAUGCUAACCCUCAAGAGAGAAAAGCUGCCAUGAAGAAUGCUGAACAAUUCAUACAGCAGAUGAAUUAUCCUGCCAACACACAGAUUCAAGUCCUUCCCGAAGGAGGCGAAACGCCAAUUUUCAAACAAUUUUUCAAAGACUGGAAGGAUAAAGAUCAAAGUGAUGGUUUUGGCAAAGUAUAUGUCACAGAGAGAGUGGCUAAAAUUGAGCAGAUUGAAUUUGAUGCUACCAAGUUACAUGAGUCUCCACAAAUGGCUGCCCAGCAUAACAUGGUAGAUGACGGUUCAGGGAAAGUAGAGAUCUGGCGUGUGGAAAGCAGUGGCAGAGUUCCUGUGGGACCUGAGACAUAUGGACAGUUCUAUGGGGGUGACUGUUACAUUAUCCUCUACACUUACCCCAAAGGGCAGAUCAUCUACACGUGGCAAGGAGCACAUGCUACAAAAGAUGAACUGACUGCAUCUGCAUUUCUGACCGUUCAGCUGGAUCGGUUGUUGAAUGAUCAGGCCGUGCAGAUCCGAGUCACUCAAGGCAAAGAGCCUCCACAUUUACUGAGCUUGUUCAAAAACAAACCACUUAUUGUCUACAAGGAUGGGACAUCCAAGAAGGAAGGUCAGAAACCUGCUCCACCCACACGACUCUUCCAAAUCCGCAGGAACCUGGCAGCCAUUACUAGGAUUGCGGAGGUUGAUGUUGAUGCAAUGUCACUAAACUCCAAUGAUGUCUUUGUUCUGAAACUGCCAAACAACUCUGGCUACACCUGGAUAGGAAAAGGAGCAAACACAGAAGAGGAACUAGGAGCUCAGUACAUUGCCAGCAUUCUUAAAUGCCAAACUGCUAAGAUUAGUGAAGGCCAGGAACCAGAGGAAUUCUGGAAAGUACUUGGAGGUAAAAAAAAUUAUCAGACUUCAUCACAACUCUUGACAAAGGCUGAAGAUCAUCCCCCUCGCUUGUAUGGUUGUUCUAAUAAGACGGGUAGAUUUAUUAUUGAGGAGGUCCCUGGAGAAUUCACUCAGGAUGAUUUGGCUGAAGAUGAUGUCAUGUUGCUGGAUGUUUGGGAGCAGGUUUUUGUCUGGAUUGGGAAGGAUGCUAAUGAAACUGAGCGACAGGAAUCUGUUAAAUCUGCCAAACGCUAUAUUGAAACAGAUCCUUCUGGCAGAGAUAAGGGGACCCCCAUUGUAAUCGUGAAGCAGGGGCAUGAGCCCCCAACAUUCACGGGCUGGUUCCUGGCUUGGGACUCCAACAAAUGGAAGAACUGAUCUCUCCAACGGGACUCCAGCUUCAAGCCAAAGAAUGAUCAGAGCCCAGCUACUUUCUAGUGUUUUUAAGCAUAAGCUUAUGAAACAAUAUGAUGCAUCUGUUUUUUCACUUUCUUGAGCUUUGAUAUAUUUCUGUGAAUAACCUAGAAAUUCUUAGCACUGGAAAGGAUAAAUGAUAAUUGUAAACCGAACAAAUGGGAUGAGUGGGGCUUUUCUAGUAGUAAAUACAGAAAGUGCUACCAAUCUUUAAUAUUUAAAGAAAGAAAUUUACUUUCUUUAAUUUAUUGAUUAUUCAAACAAGUUGUGGAUCAGUUUAUUUUAAUGAGCUAAAAUGGACCAAAUUCUGCCUUCACUUAAAAAGCCAAACUAAUACCACAGAAAUUCCUUUAGAUUAAGGUCAGCAUAAUAUUGUGCAGGAUUUGGCCUGAUAAAGGAAUAAUUCUAUAUCUGUUGCAAGGGUAGGACUGGACCUGAUUUAACUGCUAGGCCAGUGUAUUGCUACACUUACUUAAAAUUUCAGAUGGUGUCUGAUCCACAGUGGGAGCUGUGGCUUGCAGGAGGUAUUUUGUUAAGCUGUGCUUAACAUGUUUACUUGCUCCACAUACAUACAUGUGGAGCUUUGGACUGAAUGCUGUUAGAAAAUGAAGUCGACAAAGGUUUUUUUGAGGGACUGUCUAGCUUAUUGUUAUGAAUUCCUUUAGAUUUGUCUCUGUGAACCAGCUCCACGAGGUCUUUUUAUCCAAAGUUCUUAAACAUGUUGUAGUGCACUAGUGCUUUGAAGUGGAAGCAGAAGAAGCAACAGCUUCAAAAACACAUACUCUGCCUUAACCAGACUGUACUUAAGCCAUACUUUGCCUCAGUUGCCUUACUCAGCAGUACUCAGUUCUUUUUAAGCAUGUGGAUUGUUCACCUCGUCAGGUGCAGGAUAUCUUUCUAAUUUUCUGUGCAAGUCUUAGACAAAUAUCAAGCACAUAAAAAGCAAGGAAACGUAGCAUUUCUGGGAAUUUGGAUGAGUAUGCACCAUAGAAUAUGGCCUUCUCUUUUGUCUUGGGCACAGUAACUUGGGCUUUUUUUUUAUUCUGAUGAAUUUAAGAAUACAUUUUCAAAGUGGCUUUUAUUUGUAACUUAGCCAGAAAAGUAUACUUAUGGGCAGAGGGAAAACUUCUUCAGAUCUUGAGCAUGGCUUUGAUCACUUACUCUGUAAUGCUUGUUUUAAACAACAAUUUGUACAGCUGUAAAUCAUGUCAAUGUGGCUUUUUAAUGGCAGCAUUUCAGCAGUUUUAUUAUUCUUAUAAGUGAGGUUAGAAAGUGAAAUUUUAGACAUUUUUGUAUUUUUUUUAACAUGACUGUGAUUUUGAAUCUGGGUAAUGAAAAUAGCAAAUUUAGUCUGAGCUGAUAAUAUCGAUGAUAAAAGAAUUGCAAAGCUAAGAGAUUAAUAGGAGUUUGUUAGCUUUAAACAUUUGUUUAAAUGUCUGCUAAUAUAACUAGGCUGUACUGAAUGUAAUUUCAUUUAAAAUAAAAUUACAAAAAACAAUA